UCAUCUCCCCGCGCCUCUUCUUCAGCGGUACAGGAUUCGGGCUGAUUCAUUGCGUUAGCCUUUUACAUCUCACUGGAUUCAUCCCAAAUUAAAACUAUUCAUAUCACCCUCUCCGAACAUCCACAGAUCCGACAUGGACCGGCUGCUGAGGCUCGGAGGAGGGAUGCCAGGGCUAGGACAGGGUCCCCCAACAGACGCUCCGGCGGUCGACACGGCAGAACAGGUUUACAUCUCCUCGUUGGCACUGCUCAAGAUGCUGAAACACGGUCGUGCCGGUGUUCCCAUGGAGGUCAUGGGUCUGAUGCUGGGGGAGUUUGUGGAUGACUACACAGUACGAGUGAUUGACGUGUUCGCCAUGCCCCAGUCAGGGACGGGUGUGAGUGUUGAGGCCGUGGACCCCGUCUUCCAGGCCAAGAUGUUGGAUAUGCUGAAGCAGACCGGCAGGCCUGAGAUGGUGGUCGGCUGGUACCACAGUCACCCCGGGUUCGGCUGCUGGCUGUCUGGCGUGGACAUCAACACCCAGCAGAGCUUCGAGGCGCUGUCGGAGCGGGCCGUUGCUGUGGUGGUCGACCCGAUCCAGAGCGUCAAGGGAAAGGUGGUGAUUGACGCCUUCAGGUUGAUCAACGCCAACAUGAUGGUUCUGGGUCAUGAACCGCGACAGACCACAUCCAACCUGGGUCACCUCAACAAACCCUCCAUCCAGGCUCUUAUCCACGGACUGAACAGACAUUACUACUCCAUCACCAUCAACUACAGGAAGAACGAGCUGGAGCAGAAGAUGCUGUUGAACCUGCACAAGAAGAGCUGGAUGGAGGGUCUGACCCUGACGGACUACAGUGAGCACUGCAAGCUCAACGAGAACAUUGUCAAGGAGAUGCUGGAGCUGGCAAAGAACUACAACAAGGCUGUGGAGGAGGAGGACAAGAUGACCCCGGAACAGCUGGCCAUCAAGAACGUUGGCAAACAGGACCCCAAGAGACAUCUGGAGGAGCAUGUGGAUGUACUGAUGACCUCCAACAUCGUCCAGUGCCUGGCGGCCAUGUUGGACACCGUGGUGUUCCAGUGACCGCCCUGCCUUUUCUCAACUGUUAAUAUCGCUAUGCUCUGCUUUUCUUUUAUAUAGAAUAAAUGUGUGUAUGGGA